AUGAGCUACGUACGCAAGAGCCUGUCGUCGACCUCAUCAUCGGCGCCCGCAGCGACGGCGGCGGGCAGCGGUGGCGUGGCGCUCGAGCGGCUGGGCGAGGAGCUGCGACCGUUCUUUGUGCUGCUGGACACCUUCCUCGACAUGAACGCAAUCAACUUCGAGCUGGAGGCCUUCUUCGAGAAGCAGAAGCAGACGAAGCACGCCGGCGCCGGCGGUGGCCAGAAGUGGGACGAGUUCACCGAGUUGAAGAAGAGGCUGACGGAGGUGGAGCGGAAGCUGGACGUGCUUCUUGCACCCGCAUACCCGCUGUCCACACUCAAGCACAACCAACGCGACCUCAACACGGCCUACCUUGAGGGCUGA